CUUGGUGUGAAACCUGAAUAAAAAGCCUGAGCAGUACUGCCCCAACACUUAAAAAACAUACGAGGAACCAUUUGAGUAACCUUCAGAUACAAUUUUUAAUCUUUGCGCAAUUUCUUCUUCAGUAUAUUGACGGUUGUAAUCAGAGAAAGCAGUCAAGAUGUCCAAAGACGCUGAGGUCGACAUGAAGGACGUGGAGCUGAAUGAGGUGGACCAGGAAAGGCAGCCUAUGACCGCCGGAAACGGUGAUGCCAAUUCGGCUUUGGCAGUAAAAAACGGCAUCGUGAAGGUCAAAAUUCCUGACGAGAAGGAAUCCAAAUUCACCGGACUGUCCAAGGAGGAGCUGUUACAAGUUGCUGGAACUCCAGGGUGGGUGCGGGCCCGUUGGGUGCUCCUCAUUCUCUUCUGGCUCGGUUGGCUUGGCAUGCUCGCCGGUGCCAUUGUCAUCAUUGUACAGGCGCCUCGGUGCAAGCCACUUCCUGAGAUUAACUGGUGGGAUUCAGGGCCCCUGUAUCAGAUUGGAGAUGUUGAUGCAUUUGCAGGGUCUUCUGGCCUUAAAGGUUUGGAGACAAAGGUUGGUGCUUUGGGACAACUGAAGGUGAAGGGUCUGAUUGUAGGUCCCAUUCAUGUGUCCACUGCUGAUCAGUCUGAAGACCUGAAUUUGAUUGAGCUUGUCCCUUCUGCUGGCAACCUGUCUGAUCUGGAGGCACUUAUUAGGGCAGCACACAAGAAAAGUAUCGCUGUGGUAUUGGAUCUGACCCCAAACUACAAAGGAUCUGAGCCAUGGUUCUCCAAAAGUUCAGUGACAAAUGUGACUGAAAAAGUCAAAAUUGCUACUGAUUACUGGUUGAAGAAAGGUGUUGAUGGUAUCCUGCUAUAUGGUGUUGAGAGCGUUUCCAGUGUUGUACCAUCCUUUUGGCCUAGCAUAAGGGAGACUGUCAAUAAUCACACUAAAGAUGAGGAGAAAAAGGUCUUAAUUGGAGCUACCCAGGCCACCUCUCCUGAUGAGGUGAAUAAGCUGUUGAAUCGGACUGGUGUGGAUUUGCUCCUUUCUGACGUCCUGAUCAACAAAUCUGGCGCAGAGAUUGGUCAAGUUGUGCAGAGUCUUUAUUCCCAGAAUGGGUGCCGGCUGGCUUGGAACUUGGGUCACCGUGUCAUGGGACAUCUGGCCAACAUGGUGGAGUCUGUGACUAUCAAGUUGCACCAGCUGCUACUGCUUACCUUGCCUGGUACUCCCAUCUUCAACUAUGGUGAUGAAAUUGGACUAAAGGAUAAGAGUACAACCAAUCCAGUGAUCUGGGACUCUUCAAACACUAAUGAGACUGAGAAGUCUGAGGUAGAACAGAGGAACUCUCUGCAUGUGUUCUUCAAGGCUGUGAGUGACCUGAGAGGGAAGGAGCGCUCCCUUCUGCAUGGAGAUUAUGUACCUUUGUACAACAGCACCAGUACUCUCGCAUACUUGCGCACAUGGGACCAGAGUGAACGCUACCUAGUUGCAUUCAACUUUUCUCCUAAAGAUCGAGCCAGUCUGCAGCUGAGCCAUGAAAUGCUUCCAGAGGAAGCCAAGGUCGAAGUUAGUACUAAUAAAGAGGAAAUGGCCCCGGGUCAGUUCAUUAACUUGGCCCAAUUAGAGCUGGCGCCACAACAGGCUGUUAUGCUUAAGUUCCCUUAUAUUGCAUAAACAGAAGCUAUUCUACAUGAAUGUAGACUAAAACCUGGUUGUUGGGUGUUACAUUUUUAUGAAAUAUUGUUUGUGUCAUUGUGCUAAAAUGUGCAGAAUUGGGUAAUAAAAUAGAAAUACAGUACAUGCAUAUUACUAAUGUAAGUGUGCAUCAAAGCCCUGUAAGUCAAGACCAGUGGGUUUUUAUUAUCCUUAUUUAUAUAUCAUUCCAAGUUUCAGCCUAUUUAAAGGUUUUAUUGGUUGUAAUACAAUUUUGUGACUGUGCAAAAUGUUACUGAGUUUGAUCUGAUGUUUGCAAACCCUGUGCAAGUACCAUUUAAAAAUAAAAAUGGAACAGUAUUCAUGA